AUGGAGACAGCAGCAUUAGUAGCCCCAGUCACAGCGCUGGAGUUCCUUCAGGAUACAUUGCUUUUGACAGGUGAGGGUCCAGUGUUGACAGUGUACAGUCUUCAUCCUCAACCUAAAGCAUGUAGCUCAAUGCCCGUGCUCCAACAGCACCGCAUCCAUGGGAUAAGGCAUAGAGUCCGGUCGGAUGUUUCACCAAAAAGUUCAUACACAGACAAUUGCAGAGAAUCCAGAGGUCUGAGCUCCCUCCCUGAACCCAACUACUAUGACCUAGCUGUGUUUGGUGGGAAGGCAGUCAGACGAGUGAGACUUCAUUUGAAUGUCUCUGCUCUGGUACCAGUACAAUUGGAGAUACAGAGUCCUGUUGUACAGCUUCAGGAUUGGGUCCUGGAUGUCCGCUGGCUAUGUAAAGACAAAGAGUCUCUGCUGUGUGUGGCUGUUGCCCAUAACGGUGCCCUUCUUCUGGACAUAUCCUCAGGGAGAGUCUUGGCUCAGCGCUCAUGUCUGGAAGGGUGUCUGUUGUACUCUGCGCUUCUCGUGGUGCAUAAAUCCUGGGAAGAUACUGUUCUUGUAGGAGGGACUGUUUUCAACCAGCUGAUCCUUUGGAAGCCUGGAGGAAAAGAAAGUAAUAACAAAGCUUCAGUGGAAAGACGUUUGUUGGGACACACUGGUGUUAUCUUCAGCAUCUCAUACCUUCAGGAGAAAGGAUGGCUGGCAUCAGCUUCAGAUGACCGAAGUGUCAGAAUGUGGUCUGUUGGUGUGUUAGGUGGCUCCGGAGGGAACUGUGGAGGCCUGAACCCAACAUGUAUAAGGGUUCUAUUUGGACACCAAGCCAGGGUCUUCUCUGUGUGCCUUUCCUCAAGGAGACUGUUUAGUGCCGGAGAAGAUGGGGCCUGCUUAAUUUGGAACUGGGCUGGAGUUGGGACAGUGCUUCGUUCUUUAAAGGGACAUCGAGCAGGGGGGAUUCGAGCGCUGGCAGUCAGUGCGGGAAGAAAUGACGCAGGCCGAUGGGUGGCAACUGGGGGAGCGGAUGGAGGGGUGAGGUUGUGGAAGGAUGAAGAAAAUAAGGAGGAAGACACUGGAACAAAAACAAUAACAGACUUGGAAUUUUCAGGUCAAGGUAUGCCUAAAGUAGUUUGUGUUGUUGAAGGCAAAGCACACAAUACAAAUUGGCGCCAGUGUAGCAUUCUGGUUUGUACUGACCAAGGAAUUGUUUACCACUAUGUUGAUGGCUACUGGGAGUUGGUAUGGCAAGGUUCUCCUGAGUUUCAGUCCUACUGUGUGAUGGAAACUGUUUGUGUAAGAGUGAAAGACUCAACAAGUAAAGCUAAUAUAUGUGCUGUUGGGAGCCUCAGUGGAGAUUUAAAUGUCUUUCACGUCGAUUAUCCCCAGCAUGGGAUUGUCCUCCAAGCAGGAGCCGGAAAAAUUCACAGUCUUACUUGGCAAAAAGGAGAUGACUAUCUGUAUUUGCUAGCGUCAGGUGCUGAAGGGCGAGUCUAUCGUUGGUGUAUAGAAGUGAGAUUAAAUGAAAUUGGUACAUUAGAUUUCAAUGUAAAAAUCUGCCCUCCAUUUGUUCUCCCUACUUGUGCCAAGCGUUGGCUGACGGCUGCAGUACGCCUCCAUCCCAAGCCUAAAGGGACUCUGUGGGUCUGCGGGGACAGAAGAGGGUCCCUGCUUUUGUUCCUGGAAGAUGAGGAUGAGACAAAUAAAUCUAUGCAAGAAAGUAAAAAAGCGCAUAAAAAUGAUAGAACAAUGAAAGAGAGGUCAGAGGGACACAAUGGCUUAAUGUUGUCUCCAGUAAACUGCUUGUUUGGGGUACACGGCAAACAGGGGGUCACAUCAAUCUGUGAAUAUCAGGGACUUCUCUACAGCACCGGGAGGGACGGCUGUGUGCGUGUUUUCAGAGUGCAUUACACACCAGAUGUAAAACUUGAAGGAAGUGGUAAGGGCAACCUUCAGUUGGAUGUUUUGAGAGUCCAGCGGGCCUGUAAAGGUAUGGAGUGGUUGGAAAGAGUUUUGUUCAUACAACCUACCAGUUAUGCAGACAAUGGUGUAACAAAAGAAUUCGAAAGCGAAAACAUGAUAUAUGAGUCUAUGACAGAAAGGCUUGAGGACCAAGAGGAAGGGCUAAAGCAGGAGAAUAAAAGAACAGAAGCACGGUUUGUCAUUUUUGGCUUUCAUGCCAACCAGUUUGUGGUUUGGGACCCAGUGAGGCAAGAGAGGCAAUUAGAAGUCCCCUGUGGUGGUGGUCAUCGCUCUUGGAGUUUCUGGCCAAUCCACUCAAGGGUUUGGUCCGGAUAUGGCGCUCUGGUCUAUAUCAAGCAGGGGUCUGUCCUCUCUUCAGAACCCCCCCUAAAGUCACCAAGCUGGUCUGGGAGUGCAGCAAGAAACGAAGGAUGGAACCUGAGAGAAGGCAUCCACGGUAGGGGAAUUGGGUGUGUGUGCCGACUGGGCAGCAUUUGGGUCCAGAAAGACAGUACAGCAAACAUCAUAGGAAUAUCUGGGUCUGAUGGAGUCCAAAUUGAAGGGCAGUGGGAAAUAAUUGUGACAGGUGGGGAAGACACAAGCUUAACGGUCCUAGCUGUCCAUCCCAACUCUGGUACUGUUACAGUCCUCUCCGUUAUUACUGACCACAUUUCAAGUGUCCGCACCAUAACAGCACUAACUCAUCAAGACUCCCAGUCCCUCUCUGCCCUGGUGAUCUCAGCCAGUGGACGGGCUCAGUUACAGUGUUACCGGCUAUGGGUUGGUUGGGACAAACAGAGACUACCGCCCGUCUGCCAGGUGGUGCAGGUGGCCAGCCACCGAUUAGACGAGCAUUGGGAGAGGAGGCGGAACAGACAUAAGAUGGUUAAAAUGGACCCGGAAACAAGAUACAUGUCGAUGGCAGUGGUUGACCACAACUCAGAUGCUGUUCUUGUGGCUCUUGCUUGCAGUGAUGGGGCUGUCAGAUUGUUCUCAGUCAGUGAACAGAAACGCCAAAUAGAUUUGUUGUGGGAGACGUUUUACCACCAGCGUUGUGUGCUCAGUGUCGCCACCUGCAGCUUGCAGGAUGGAAAAGGCAACAGGUGUGUGCUGCUGUUUAGUGCGGCAACUGAUGGCAAGAUUGCAGUGUGGGAUUUGACCCAUACAGCCUCUGCUUUGUUCUAUGGCCCACCAAGUGGUGCUUCAACUCCACCAACACCAUGCCUCACCAUUGCCGCCCACCAGAGUGGCGUCAAUUCCCUGGGCGUAUGGGCCGAGACACAGGGACACCAGGAUGGCAGUUGCUUGGUUACUGUCCCGAGUGGCGGGGAUGAUGGGCAGCUGACGGUGUCCACCAUCAGACUGGAGUAUGGUGGCAGAACUGGGGGCUUUACUCAGGACCAGCCACAGACCCAUCUCAGUCUACAGCUUAUCUCUCAGUUGACUAUUCCUUUGGCACAUGCAGCCCCUCUGACCGCCCUUAAGCUCCUUAAACCGGGCCUGAUUGUCACCACCUCUUGCGAUCAGAGGGUUUGCCUGUGGGAGCUGUGCAGUACUACCAUCAACCACAGAGGAGUGCUGUGCUCCCAUGUUGCUGAUGCAGCAGGACUUGCAGUGUGGCAGGAGGAGAUGGUGAUGGUGGAAAAUAGAAGGAAGAAGACCAGGUCUGAAGCUGACAUGGGUGUUGUUGAUGGAAGGACAGAAAGUAAGACAUUCUUAGAGACAACUGAGUGGGAAGCAGAGGCGCUGGGAUAUAAGGACCAAAAAGUUGCUAGUGCUGAAAAUACAAAUAACUCCAUUGAGACGAUAGAACAAGAGAAAGACCGUGGAAAUGAAAUGCAAACUGAUGACCAAGCUGGGGAUGAACCAGUCACAGAAAGUGCUAUGAGACUGUUCUGUGAGAAAAAGGAAGAGAGAAAACUGACAGGGUGGGUGCUGGUCUGUGGUCAAGGCUUCCAGCUGCUACGAAUUCGAAAUGCUGACAAUGAUGAAGGCGCCUAUAUACAUGAAAGGAGGAAUACUGAGUAG